UCAAUGUUAUAUCAUUGGAGGACUGAACCAUGAAUAUGAUUUCCAACCUGUAAACUCCCCUAUGUUUCGAUCAAUGUUAUAUCAUUCGAACAGGAAGGUACCACCGAAGCAAUUAGAAGCGCAUCAUCAAACACAGGACUUUGAGCAAACAUAUGGUGAUCAUGAUUCAAAUGACUUACGCAUGUACCAGCAGUUGUACUACUAUGCAACUCAGUGAAAGAUAUAUAGGCUUGGGGGCACUGUAGGGAAGCUUCAUGGUUCAAGUCCUCCAAUGAUAUAACAUCGAUCGAAACAUAGUGGAGAAUAUAGGUUGGAAAUCAAAUGAAAACAAAGAUUGCACGUUUUAUUUUUUUAGGUUCACGUGGGUUUUAGUUUUGAGGGCAUUUGAGUCUAUUUAGGUGAGUGUUUUUCAAUUUUUGAAAUUUUUUUAAAAAUUGACAUUUAUGAAAAUAAAAGGUAAAUUUUGACUAUUUUUGAUAAAAACUCUUCUCUUGUCCUAAAUUGUGAAAAUGGCAGCUCNUCUACUCCCUGGGGCAGGGGUGAAAUUGUAAUAUAAGAAUAGCGAGGCUGUCAGCCUUAUAAUAAAAUCCCAUAAUUCCAAGAGCAGACAUUGCUAAGAUUUAGAGGAGGUUUUAGAUAAGAGAAGGGAAAGAGAUGAGCUGGAGUAGUGUAGCUCCGCUUCUAUCUGUAACUCCUUCAAAACUUGACUCAUCCUCUUCCUUCCUGCCUUCUUCUUCCUCUUCGGUUUCAAGUGUUAGGGUUUCGUUAAGCUUGUCAUGGAGAUUUAGACCAACUAGUGUCAGAUACCUUUCUUCAUCUUCGUCAUCUUUGUCGUUAAGAAAGCAAAUAUGCAGAGCAGCAGAAUACAAAUUUCCCGACCCAAUUCCUGAAUUUGCUGAUGAAGAGACAGAAAAGUUUAGGACCCAUCUCCUGAAUAAGCUUUCCAAGAAAGAUUUGUAUGAAGACUCUGUUGAAGAGGUCGUUGGGAUCUGCACUGAGAUAUUUAGUACUUUCUUGCACACCGAGUAUGGUGGUCCUGGGACACUCUUGGUAGUUCCUUUCAUUGAUAUGGCUGAUACUCUGAAUGAGUGUGGAUUACCUGGUGGACAGCAAGCUGCGCGUGCAGCAAUCAAAUGGGCACAAAAUCAUGUUGACAAGGACUGGAAUGAAUGGACUGGUGACAAAAAUUAACAGAAAGCUCAUGUUCUGCAAGAUUGUUUCUCUGUAGUUUGCUAGUGUAAGCAUAGGUUAUAUAUAGAGUUAGCCAAGCAGUUUUGAUUCCUGUUAUGCUUGUAAAACUGAUGACGAGGGAAAAAUUCGAAAGUCAAUUAGUUGCCUUCUGUUGUAAUGUUAUGCUGUGAAAAUGUACUCCUGGGGGAUGGGAGUGUCUACUUGAAGGGUUUUGGUCCAACCAUCAAUGAAAAGCUGCUCUUUCUACCUUAUGAUCUCA